AUGGGAAAGAAGUCUUUGAAGCGACCAUCGGCCGCCAUCAACGAUAGCAUCCAUGCCCUCGAGGGUGCUGCUGACGACCCAGCUUUGGACUCAGCAAAGCGGUCCAAAGGGAAAGGUGAAAAAUGGGCCAAGUUGAAGUCCCGUGGUGCUUUGCCAGCUCACAUCGAGGAGUUCUACAACAAUGUUCCGGAUGGUGUGAAUCCCCGUGAGCACAAAACGGAUGUUAUCAAUCGUCUGUUCGUGCAAACCAGGGACGGCAAGUACGUGAUGAACACCAAUGAUAUCAUGUUUAAACAAAGCCUUGCUGUCUACAACAAGAAGUACAGCCGCGAGGAGGAGAUUGGUGUCGUGAAGAGUGUCUUCAUAGCCAAGCACUUCCAUGGCGACGAGAAAGCCUUCGACAGGGCUGUGGAGAAGGGCGAUGUAACAUGCAAGGAGCAUAAGGGCAAGGAGUUCUUUUCUUUCGAGCAGGUUGUGAUGGGCACCGAGGGCGGCACGAACGAGCAGCACGAAAUGGAGGGUUCGAAGAAGUUGUCUCGCACCGAGGCUUUUCAGCUCGAGGGCAUGAUGAGCAGGCUGAAGUGGAGUUGGAAAAAAGCCAUGACCGAUGAUUCCAUCGAGAACGGUGAAAUCUCCGAUGCCAUGAAGAAACUGCUUCGUGAUGCCCUGAACAGCCAGAACAAGCUCGCCUCUGAGUGUAACAAGAUGCUCACGAAAGAUUCCAAGGUGUUUCCUGCUGAGGAUGUUAAAGGACUUCGCCAAGCCCUGCAGGGCUGCCAGAACAAUUCCCUUGCCCUCAACCAGUUGAUCGACUUCAGCAUGCUCCCCAACGACGAGAAGCUGACCAAAGCAUCCUUGGACCACUUUUUGAAGGAAGUCGCUUCCAUGACCCAGAAACACAACCAGUUCGUGGAAAGCAUGAAGGGCAAGAUCAGGGUUGUGUUCGGCGAGACCGAGGAGGGAUUCACAGAGGGAUCUGAGUGCCGGGAGAGUGCAGCUGUGCAAGAAGCUGAGGAGCUGGAGCAUGGAUCCGAUAGAAGAAGUUUUCUGGUUGAUUAUCUUCUGAAGCAAUUCGCUUGGGGCGACAUAUCGGCACAGGAGGCCCAGAAAGUGGCCUCUAAGUCCCUAGAGGAUCUUCGAAGGCGGUGCCCGGAGGACAAGAUUCCGGAUGAUCUUGUUUUUUUGGCCGGCAUUGGCAAUUCAGGCCAAGAUCCUGAAAAUUCUUUUGCCCAACUUAUGGCGAAGCUCGAGCCCGGCAUCAAGCUCCCUCGGCCAAUGCAGGUACAGAUGAGGUUCAAGAUCGGCGAAGUCAGCCAGCAAAUAUUGUUACCACACGAAAUGUUUGCUUCCCUUUUCCGUUCGUAUGGGCCUGCAUUUCGAAAACAUAUAUUGCCUCGGCCAGAAGAGCUCAAACCUUUCUGGACCAAAGUCGCUGGACACCCUGCCCUCCAAGGCCACGAUGUCUUGUCCCGGGGAGAUCGCUUCACAAAAGCGAUACCUAUCGGAGUACACGGCGAUGAUUGCCCGGUUUCAGGCCUGGGAAAAUGUUGGGUGUCGAAGCUGUCCACCCUGAGCUGGUACUCCUUCAUGGGUAUGGCAUCCCGAACCCUUGAGAAGCUCCUAUGGAUAUAUUCCUGCCCUGAAAAGUAUCGCUUGAACCAGUCCGACGAGUACGAGCCUACUCUUGACACCUUUUUCAGGAUCCUGGCAUGGUCACUGACGUGGCUUUACCGAGGCCAAUGGCCGGAUACAGAUUUCAAUGGCGACAAGUACAGGAAUGGAAGUCCUGAACAGAAGCGGGCUCUGACCCCGCUUGCUGGAGGGUACUACUGUGUAUUGCUUGGAAUCAUAGGCGACUUGGACUGGUUUCAUGGAGUGCUGAAACUCCAGCACUACGGAAGCUCGAAGAACCCCUGCUGCUUGUGCAAGGCCCAGGCCAAGGGACCGCUGACUUAUACCAACUUUAAGAGUGAUGCACCCUGGCGGGCCACGAUCUGGAAGGCGAAAGAUUGGAUUGCGGAUCCGAGCCGAAGUCAAAACCCGAUUUUUCGGGUUCCCUCAACAUCUUGCCAUGUUGUGGCCAUGGACCUGAUGCAUGUCAAGUAUCUCGGGUGCGACAUGUACAUGCUGGGAAGUGUGAUAUGGCUUCUGUGCCAUUUGGUACUUCCGAAUGACCCAGCUGAAAACCUCCGGGUGGUUUGGCACAAACUGAAGGAGUGCUAUGUCAAGCUUGGUAUUCCAGCUAGUCAGCGGUUUCGUGGUCUUCUGAAGGCUUCUAUGUAUACCCGGAAAAAAGGCUAUCCGAAACUUCGAGGCAAGGCCUAUGAAGUCCGUCAUCUUAUACGACCAAUGUUGGACACAUGGCUUUUUUUCUGCAACUCUAGGCUGCAUGUCCAUCAGCAAAUCAGUCUGAUGCUGAAGCAAAAUGUUUUGAUGGAAUCGGUGCUUACAGACUACAAGGAGGCAUUACAGUUCCCUGCCAAGGCGGCCCAAGCUUUCCGGGAUGCCACCACGAACAUGCUACUUCUGCAUGCUGCUGUCGCGACCCAUUUCGCUCAUUCUGGGAUCCAAGUCUUUGAUCUCACGAGCAAAUUCCACCUACUCCAGCACAUUGCCGACUACAGCGAAUACAUAUCUCCACGAGUGGUGUGGUGCUUCUCUGGCGAAGAUCUUAUGAGGCAUACUCAAAAGCUGGCACAGUCUUCAAGCAGAGGUGUGGGUCCUUGCCGGGUCGUUGGGAAGAUGGCUCGGAAGUACAGGCUGGCCUUGCACCUGGAGUUCUCGGAGGGGUGA